CCAGCCCAGGAUGUUGCAUCACAGGCGGGCGUGGGCGCGCCGCCGCCCCGCUCUUGUGUCCCAGGUGCAGCCGGAGACCGAGGAAGAGGAGGCGGCGGAGGCGGAGGCGGGAGCGGGCGGCGAUGGACAGCCAGGGGCGCCGCGUGGUGGUCUGCGACAACGGCACCGGGUUCGUCAAGUGUGGCUACGCGGGGUCCAACUUCCCCGAGCACAUCUUCCCGGCGCUGGUGGGGCGCCCCGUCAUCCGCUCCACCGCCAAAGUCGGGAACAUUGAGAUCAAGGACCUGAUGGUGGGGGACGAGGCGAGCGAGCUGCGCUCGGUGCUGGAGGUGGGCUACCCCAUGGAGAACGGCAUCGUGCGCAACUGGGAGGACAUGCGGCACCUGUGGGACUACACCUUCGGGCCCCAGAAGCUCGGCCUCGACCCCCGCGAAUGCAAGAUCCUGCUCACCGAGCCCCCCAUGAACCCCACCAAGAACCGGGAGAAGAUCGUCGAGGUGAUGUUCGAGACCUACCAGUUCGAGGGCGUCUACAUUGCCAUCCAAGCCGUGCUCACGCUCUACGCCCAGGGGCUGCUGACGGGCGUGGUGGUGGACUCUGGGGACGGCGUGACGCACAUCUGCCCGGUCUACGAGGGCUUCUCUCUGCCGCACCUCACGCGCCGGCUGGACAUCGCCGGGCGGGACAUCACGCGCUACCUCAUCAAGCUGCUGCUCCUGCGCGGCUACGCCUUCAACCACUCGGCCGACUUCGAGACCGUGCGCAUGAUGAAGGAGAAGCUCUGCUACGUGGGGUACAACAUCGAGCAGGAGCAGAGGCUGGCCCAGGAGACCACGGUGCUGGUGGAGUCCUACGCGCUGCCGGACGGCCGGGUGAUCAAGGUGGGCGGGGAGCGCUUUGAGGCCCCCGAGGCCUUGUUCCAGCCCCACCUCAUCAACGUGGAGGGAGUCGGGGUGGCGGAGCUGCUUUUCAACACCAUCCAGGCCGCCGACAUCGACACCCGGAGCGAGUUCUACAAGCACAUUGUCCUUUCGGGGGGCUCCACCAUGUACCCCGGGCUGCCCUCCCGCCUGGAGCGCGAGAUCAAGCAGCUCUACUUGGAGCGCGUGCUCAAGGGAGACGUGGAGAAGCUCUCGAAAUUCAAGAUCCGCAUCGAGGACCCUCCUCGCCGGAAGCACAUGGUGUUCCUGGGGGGGGCGGUGCUGGCGGACAUCAUGAAGGACAAGGAGGGCUUCUGGCUCCAGCGGUCCGAGUACCUCGAGAGGGGCACCCGCGUCCUGGAGAAGCUGGGCGUCACCGUCCGAUAGGAGCCCCCCCGGACCCCCGGACCCCCCCCCCCACCGCGAUACAUUCCAGCCCCCCUUCGGUCUCUCUCUCUCUCUCUCUCUCUCUCUCGGCAGAUAUUACGCUUCUGUUUUGUGCGCAUGCGUCAUGUUUGGGAUCAAUGCGAGAAACAAACGGAUAGUCCCAAAACUACCCCAUUUCUGGUCCCAGCAUAAUCUAUACACAUAAUAAAAGGGAAAAUAUGUACAA